GCUCAACACUUUAUGUUGAUAACGGUUUGACGGUCACUUUGAAGCCACUCCCGCCAAACCUUAUCGGUUGACGUGCCAACUAAACAAGGGACUCUCUCUCUCUCUCUCUCUCUCUCUCUCUCUAUGUCUUCCAUAUCUGUUUCGCUCUUCGGUCCUCUUGCUCGAUCUACACAUUCUAGAAAUUGGGGAAUCAGAUCUUCGUCAGCUGCUCCCCCCAACGUCGACUUCACCUCUCUCGAAUCCGCCAUCGCCAAGAAGGAUAGUGAUGGUGUUAAAGAAGCACUUAGUCAGCUCUCUGAAAUUGGUUGGGCCAAAAAGUGGGGUUCUCAACCCUAUGUAUCCCGUCGCCCCACAUCUCUACGUGAGUUGACAAUUCUUGGAAUGAAAAACGCGGAGAACCUUGCAAUACCUAGUGUUAGAAAUGAUGCUGCUUUUCUUUUCACUGUGGUGGGAACUACAGGGUUCUUGGGAGUUCUUGCUGGUCAGCUUCCUGGGGACUGGGGCUUCUUUGUACCAUAUCUGAUUGGGAGCAUCUCUUUGGUGGUUCUGGCUGUAGGGAGUAUCUCACCUGGGCUUCUUCAGGCUGCAAUAGGUGGAUUCUCGACAUUUUUCCCUGAUUAUCAAGAUAGAAUUGCCAGACAUGAAGCUGCUCAUUUUUUAAUUGCCUACUUACUAGGUCUCCCUAUCCUUGGGUACUCUCUGGAUAUUGGAAAAGAGAAUGUGAAUCUGAUAGACGAAAAACUUGAAAAACUCAUAUACAGUGGACAACUUGAUGCUAAGGAACUUGACAGGUUAGCAGUUGUUGCAAUGGCUGGACUAGCAGCAGAAGGUCUAAAAUACGAUAAAGUGAUUGGCCAAUCCGCUGACCUGUUUACUCUACAGAGAUUCAUAAACAGAAGCAAACCCCAGGUUAAGCCACAAGAGCAGCAAAAUCUAACCAGAUGGGCAGUGUUGUUUGCGGGGUCACUGUUGAAAACAAAUCAGGCACUUCAUGAAGCUCUAAUGUCUGCAAUGUCAAAGAAGGCAACUGUGCUUGAGUGCAUUGAAGCGAUCGAGAAGGCUGCUGUAUGAUUCCCAGAAUAAUAUAUAAUGUCAUAUAUAUAAGACCGAGUUUGCAGCAAUUUGAAUAGCAGAUUUUUUAUCACAAAAUAUAGAACUGGUGUUAAAUUUAAUAC